CCUUGUCAAAGUUCCCGGUAAGAUUCCGGGGGUCUCGGCAGGCGACCAGCAUGAGGAGCGCGUUUGUCGCCGGGCUUCUUUGGCAGCUUCUCGCCGCCUCCUUCUGCCAGUUCCCGCGCCCGUGCGCCAACUCGGAGGGCCUGCGGAGCAAAGAGUGCUGCCCGGCGUGGGCCGGGGACGGCUCGGCCUGCGGCGCCCUGUCGGGCCGCGGCUUCUGCGCCGAUGUGGCGGUGUCGGAGGAGCCCCACGGGCCGCAGUACCCGCACAGCGGGGUGGACGACAGGGAGCGCUGGCCGCUGGCGUUCUACAACCGCACCUGCCGCUGCACCGGGAACUACGGCGGCGCCGACUGCGGGGAGUGCCGCUUCGGCUACCGGGGCGCCAACUGCGGCGAGUACCGGGAGUCGGUGCGCAGGAACAUCAUGAGCCUGUCGGCGGGCGAGCAGCAGAAGUUCAUCUCCUACCUCAACCUGGCCAAGAACACCAUCAACCCGGACUACGUCAUCGCCACGGCGACCAGGCGGGAGAUGGGCGAGAACGGCGAGACCCCCAUGUUCUCCGACAUCAACUCCUACGACCUGUUCGUGUGGAUGCACUACUACGUGUCGCGCGACGCCCUGCUGGGGGGGGCGGGCAACGUCUGGAGCGACAUCGACUUCGCCCACGAGUCGGCCGCCUUCCUGCCCUGGCACCGCGUCUUCCUGCUGCACUGGGAGCACCAGAUCAGGAAGAUGACGGGGGAUUCGGACUUCACGCUGCCCUACUGGGACUGGAGGGACGCCGCCUCCUGCCAGGUGUGCACCGACCGCCUGAUGGGGGGGCGGAGCUCCUUCGACCCCAACCUCAUCAGCCCCGCCUCCGUCUUCUCGUCGUGGAAGGUCAUCUGCACUCAGCCGGAGGAAUACAACAGGCGGGAGGUGUUGUGCAAUGCCACCGGGGAGGGGCCGCUGCUGCGUAACCCCGGCAACCACGACACCGGCCGCGUGCAGCGACUCCCGACGUCCGCCGACGUGGACUUCACCGUGGGCCUUCCCCAGUACGAGACCGGCGCCAUGGACCGAUUCUCCAACAUGAGCUUCAGGAACGUCCUUGAGGGUUUUGCCAGUCCUGUGAGCGGCAUGGCGGUCCAGGGUCAGAGCACCAUGCACAACGCCCUGCACGUCUUCAUGAACGGCUCCAUGUCGUCCGUGCAAGGGUCCGCCAACGACCCCAUCUUCCUCCUGCACCACGCCUUCAUAGACAGCAUCUUCGAGCGCUGGCUCAGGACCCACCAGCCCUCGCGGACCGUCUACCCGCUGGCCAACGCCCCCAUCGGCCACAACGACGGCUACUACAUGGUGCCCUUCAUGCCUCUGUACCGAAACGGAGACUACUUCCUGUCCAACAAGGCCAUGGGAUACGAGUACGCGUACCUGCUGGACCCGGGUCAGAGGUUUGUGCAGGAGGUCCUGAACCCUUACCUGGAGCAGGCCCAGCAGAUCUGGCAGUGGCUCCUGGGGGCCGGCAUCCUGGGGUCCCUAGUCAGCGCCGCGCUGGCGGUCCUGGUCGUCCUCGCCAGGAGAAGGUGGAGGCGGAACCGGAGGCGGAAGAGGGGCUCCAUUUUCGGGGAGCGGCAACCGCUCCUCCAGAGCAGCUCUGAGGAAGGCUCGGCGUCUUAUCAGACCACUCUGUGACACACACACACACACACACACACACACACUAGGCACUGAAGAACUCUGGGACAUUUUCCUGGACGGAAUGCUAACAAUGCUAACAGGACGCGUAAUGCUAACAACACGGUCCAUGGUCUUUAAGACCUGCAUGGUCAAUAACACAAACCCACAGAGGGCUCUAAUUAAGUUUAAAAAUGUGUGUUUAAUGUUUUAAACAUCCAUCCAUCCAUCCAUCUUCUUCCGCUUAUCCGAGGUCGGGUCGCGGGGGCAACAGCCUAAGCAGGGAAACCCAGACUUCCCUCUCCCCAGCCACUUGGUCUAGCUCUUCCCGGGGGAUCCCGAGGCGUUCCCAGGCCAGCCGGGAGACAUAGUCUUCCCAACGUGUCCUGGGUCUUCCCCGUGGCCUCCUACCGGUUGGACGUGCCCUAAACACCUCCCUAGGGAGGCGUUCGGGUGGCAUCCUGACCAGAUGCCCGAACCACCUCAUCUGGCUCCUCUCCAUGUGGAGGAGCAGCGGCUUUACUUUGAGUUCCUCCCGGAUGGCAGAGCUUCUCACCCUAUCUCUAAGGGAGAGACCCAAACUCAUUUGGGCCGCUUGUACCCGUGAUCUUAACCUUUCGGUCAUAACCCAAAGCUCAUGACCAUAGGUGAGGAUGGGAACGUAGAUCGACCGGGAAAUUGAGAGCUUUGCCUUCCGGCUCAGCUCCUUCUUCACCACAACGGAUCGGUACAACGUCCGCAUUACUGAAGACGCCGCACCGAUCCGCCUGUCGAU